AUGUACCAGCUCUCGGUUGCGUUGUACCGUCUGGGUCACGAUGGUAGUGGUGCCAACAUGAACGGUGUUGGCCAUACUUUUGGAGUUUCUGAGGGCACACCAACAUUGUGGACCAAACGUGUUGUGGUUGCUAUAAUCUCCCUCAAGAAGCAGGCGAUGCGCUGGCCAGACUCGGCUACCAGGGCUGCCCUUGUCAAGAAGUUUGCGGAGGAGGGGAUCCCUGGAGGGUGUGUGGGCGCUGUGGACAGAGUCAUGAUUCCGUUCUACCAAACCCCAGCUUGUCCAGACGCUGCCGAUUUCUUUUCCUACAAGUCCAGAUACGGAUAUUCCGUCCUAGCGGUUUGCGAUGCGGAUAAACGGAUUGUGUACGCUCAGUACAACUUUCCCGGAUCAUGCCAUGAUGCUCGAGUAUUCAACGCGUCAGGCCUCAUCCAGAACGCUGCACAGCACUUCACCCCUGGACAGUACCUCCUAGGGGACUCUGCUUUCCCUGCUGGGAACUACUGCGUGCCGAUCAACAAGCUCCAGUGCGGAAUUCAACUCAACGCCUCAUCAAUCCGCGUACUCAUUGAGCAUACCUUUGGGAUGGCUAAGCUUCGCUGGCAGUGUUUACAAGGUUUACGCGUGCGGAUGAAGAACGAGACGGACGAGGCUAUCGCCACUGGCAUGAUCCGCGCGUGCUUCAUCCUCCACAACCUUUACAUCGCUACAGGAGAUUGGUACCGCCAGGCCAACAACCAUGACCCUUUGACUGACGCGGAGAGACGGGAGUUGGAGCAAGAUCGGGCACAAUGGGUCCAGAACAGGGGGGCGGGCAAUGGGGCGGGCAAUGGGGCGGGCAAUGGGGCGGGCAAUGGGGCAGGUGAAGAAGAACAAGGAGAAGUCAUUGAGCUGAUGGGUCUUGGGGCUCACACACAACACAGGGUGAUGAGGGAGAUGGGGUUGGAGCCAACGGUGCAGCGUCAGGCGAGGGGCCGACAGGCAAGGCGAUGA